AGCUCUUCGGUUCGAAGCCAUUCUCCCAGCAUUUCCGAUCAGCUCGGACGUCUCCACGCUGAGCUCAAGAGGCCAGCCAUCAGUCUAGCAAUGUCUAGCAUGAGCUCCCAAGGGCCAGCGAUUGGCCCGAUUGUUCCUCGAGAAGACGGUGUGCCGGCCGAGUCUGGUGGUGCUGCUGGGCCGGACGCGGUGACCGCCAUUGGGUCACAGAAUGCCAGAGCCUUUACCGAAGCAAAGCCAGCACUGACGAGGUCUCGCAGCGUGAACGUGGACGACAUAGAGCCCACCCGCUUCGAGACCUUCAUCGUGCAGAGGCCCUGCUGCGCCUGCUGCAGCUUCCUCGCGGCGGCGCUCUUUUUCUCAAUGAUGGCGGGCGCAAUGUUCCAGAGCAAGGUGGUGGUGUUGGCCACCGAGGACCAGUGGGACGUCGUUGGAGACCCAGUCGUGAUGCAGUUCAGCGCGCUGCAGCAGGGCAAGGACCAGUCCCCCUCCGCCUCGAUCCGGCAGGGCGCGGUCGCCGAGCGUAGCGUGUCCCUCUCGAGCAUCACCAUUAUCUACGAGGUCAACGAUGGGAACAUCAUGAGCGACCUGAACUUGGAUAAAAUCCGUAAGGUGGAGAGCGUCAUCGUGGGCGACGCGAAGUAUCAAGAGCACUGCUUGCUUACCUACGCUUUCAACGGCACCGAGGGCAGGUGCCGCUCGCCCAACACCCCGCUGAAGCUGGCGGCUCGCGCCGCCGCCACUCACGAGCUGCAGACUGAGCAGGGCUUCGGGCCCUGCGGUGCCACCCCCUUCUGGCAGGACGCGGCAGACACGUGCGGCACAAACUCCUGGUAUGGCCACGCGCCAUGCACAUCGGCGGUCUUCGACCCGGUCUCGGACGAGGCCCCUCUCGACGCGGACCGUGUGUCGCACCUGCGCUGCGUGUGCUGUGCGAGCAGGCCAGAGGACGGUGGCUGCGCCGACCUCCCCGGCACCUGCCUCAACAGCGACGAGAGUGCGCAGCUGCCGUGCACGGCGAGCGCGCAGGAGCUUAACGCAGAGCAGGCGAAAUUCUCCUUCGGUGCCGACCUCUCCUGUUCGGACGGCUCGUCGAAGAGGGCCAGGUCGAUGUACAGCUUCGGGUUCCCUCUUCAGGGUUAUUCCAACACCGACAGCGAUGAGGACAACGACAAGAUGAAGGAGUUGCUGGAGCAGUGGACCACGGGAGACCUCUACCGUGCACUAGCCGAGGCGAAGAACGAGGUGUCGGAUGGCAAUUUCAACGUGUAUUUUAGCGGGGCAGGCACGGACUCGGUAUUCUUCAUGUCGUCGUUGCAAGGGGACCUCUUCUUCGCCAUCGGCUCCUUCGCGGUGGUCUUCCUGUGGCUGUGGUUCGGGACCACCUCGGCCUUUCUAGCCUCCGUGGGUAUGACCGAGAUCAUCUUGUCCAUCCCCCUGGCCAUAUUCAUGUGGGGCGUCAUGCAGAGCAAGUUCCUGACAUUCUUUACCCUGUGUAUCCUCUUCCUGAUUCUUGGGAUCGGGGCUGACGACAUCUUCGUUUUGUGGGACGCGUACCAACAAGCUGACGCACACUUCGAGAACAGGAGUGACGGCACACCAGAGAGGAAGUUCGCGUAUGCUCUUCGCCGUGCUCGUGGCGCGAUGACUGUCACAUCGGCCACAACCUUCUUCAGCAUGCUGGCCGCAGGCAUAACGCCGAUACCAUCCAUCUCGUCUUUCGGCAUCUUUGGCGCCUUCGUGGUCGCCUUCGACUUCCUCCUGGUCAUCACGCUCUUUGCCUCGGCCAUGGUGGUCUUCCAGACUCACUUCAAGAGCUGGUCUGGCCCGUGCACGCUGAUCAACCGGGGAUGUGGGAAGUGCACCAGGGAUGCGGGAGGCGAGGGCGAGGGCGAGAAGCUUCGGCCCCCCGAGAGGUUCUUCAGGGAGAGAUGGACCCCGCUGGUGCAGAGAUUCAAAUUGCCCAUCGCUCUCUUCUGGCUCGUGCUCUUCGUCGCAGCCGUGUGCGUGGUCGGUGCCAAGCUCCGCCUGACCACGGAGGGGCCUCAGUUCUUCAACGACGAGUACGGUUCCCGAUGGUUCGAGGUGUUCGCCGAGAGGGAUGGCUUCGUCAGCAGCUCCGAUACCCCCAAGGUCCAAGUGCAUGUCGUGCUGGGCAUGGACAGGGACAAUGCUGUCGAUCGCACGGGGACGAACGCACGGGACCCGGAGGACCUGGGCACUCCAAACCUGGACCCCAGCAGCAUCCGGCAGCUGAGCACCCCGGACGGCCAGCUGGCCCUGUGGGGCCUCUGCGAGGACGCCCGCUCCGGGCUCUGCGACCGGGUCGACAGGGACGAGAACUGCAGCUCGGAGCUGAGGCCGCACCCCCUGCUGGGCGCGGCGGACUCGGGCCCGCGGGUCAGGGUGGAGCCGACCGGGUGCCAGACGGGCGCGGUCUGCUUCAUCGACUGGGUCCGCGACUACAGGAUGGAGGCCGAGGGCAGGACCGCGGAGGACUGGCACGAGCAGAGCCUGGCCGAGACGCUCAGCAGCAAGGCCUUCUCGCCUGGGGCAACGGACGAGGAGGCGGGCUUCCCGUGCGGUCAGUGCUGCGAGGUGCAGGGGUGGUACGUCUGCAAGAUUUAUGCUGUCCGCACUUCGUACGGCCUGCAGGACCUGAGCGCGUGGCUCGACAUGAGCAGGUAUUACCUCAGCGGCGGCGAGCUGCAGUGGGGCUACGUGAGCCUGAACAGCACCAUGCCCCCGGAAGCCCUGCCUCUGGACGUUGCCGAGGAUCACUACAGCGCCUGGUCGACCUUUGUGGACGGUCGUGUGGGUUCCUACGGCGCCUACCACACGUCGGCGAUCUGGCCUUUCAUGGUCUUGCAGGAAACUCUCAUGCGGAGCGUGGUGCAGUCUAUCGGUGUGUGUUUGAUCUUGGCGUGGGUCAUUCUUUGCCUUGCCACUUCGAAUUGGAUCAUGGCCACGCUCAGCCUGCUCUGCAUCAUCGCCAUCCUGAUCGUAUUCGCCGGCUGCCUGCCGAUCUUCGGUUUCUCUCUUGGCAUCUUCGAAUCCGUAGGUCUGAUCGUGGUUCUGGGCCUCAGUGUCGACUACACAGUCCACAUCGCCCACUCCUACAACGAGGCCCGCGUCGUGGGCUCCAGCGCGAGUCCCGCCGCCGAGCGCGCGCAGAGGGCCUCGCACGCCCUGACGGAGAUGGGCAUCAGCGUGCUCAGCGGUGCCAUCACCUCGCUGCUGGCCUCUCUCUUCCUGCUGCCCUCGAAGUUCAUGUUCUACCACGUCUUCGGCGUCUUUAUGCUGACCGCCGUCGUCGUCAGCUCGCUCGUCUCGCUGACGCUGCUGCCCGCCUUGCUCAUGCUGUUCGGCCCGGCAGGGUCGGCCGGGGACCUUCCCUGGGUACAGCAGGCCUUUGGCUGGGUGUCUUUUCGGGUGGGGCGCUGUUGCCGCACGAGGGCCGCUGCCAGCGCCGCCGUAGCUGCGAAGUGACGGUGCAGGCUCGCACCAUGAGGCCCUGGUCAGGCCCGCUGGUGGCAAUGUCGCAGCCGACGCCGCAGCCGCCUUCUCCGAUCCAUAGCACAGCGGCACUCUUUCUGGACGAGCCCAUCGCCAUUCGUGUUUGCAAGUCGCAAGCGGUACAGCGCACAAGGCCGAGUCUGGUGGGCGAGGAGACGCAGUCCAAGAGGCGAUGCAACUUCCUCUCCAGCUCUCCGCUGUGCCAGCUGCUUCUUGGUUAUUACUUUUACCACGUUCUUUCGUUUAACCGAUUGGUCGUGUAGUAAUUCUUGACAGCAUCCACAAGCUGUUGUUGUCAGCAGAGCAUCGCGAAGCUCCUGUGCGCGAUCCUCGCUCACAGUUUCCUGCGACACCGCACGUAGCAAGCCGCCGCCGCCGCAUGCAAACCGCCUUCUCAUUGCACGGCGAACAACGAAUCUUUGGGAAAGAAGCUCUUCCGGAGCCGCUCUUCGAAGUCGCGGCCACAGCUGCAGCCGGGGCGCCGAAACGUGGGCC